AUGUGCAUCUUAAAUAUAAUUGAUGAAUUUUUUAAAUAACCAUUAAACACAAUAGUAAUGCAAAUUCAUUACAAUUAAUUAAAUUCUUAAGAUGCAUCAAUUUAAUAGAGUAUUUAAGAGUUUUUAAUCUAAGUGGAAAAUUAAAGCUGCUAUACAUUGAAUAAUUCUCUUUAAACUACAUACUAUGAUGUGAGAAAUUCGUUUCUUUUUUGA